UGCGAUGGGGCGAUAAGAGGGGCGGGGGCGGGGUCCCGGGGGCCGAGGCGACAGCGCUUUAAUUAAAACGGAAAUUGCGGCCCCUGCCCGCGCCUGAGGCCGAGGGUUCCAAGCUGCCUGGUAGCUGGGAGCGUGGCUCCAGGACCCCCUCCAUCCCCGCCUCACCCGGCCAGCCCCCUCCCGCCAGGCCCUGCCGGACCUGGCGCUGCCUUCAUCUCCCAAGUACCCGUGGUCGCGUCGGGCGGGGAUCAGUACCCCAGAGCGCAAAGCCUGACGCGUCCCCCCUUUUUCAUCCCCCUCCCCCCAACCUCCCACCACCCAGCCUCGGGCGGCGAUGAGACAGAGCGGCGCCUCCCAGCCCCUGCUGAUCAACAUGUACCUGCCAGAUCCGGUCGGAGAAGGUCUCUUCAAGGAGGGGAAGAGCCCGGGGUGGGGGCCGCUGAGCCCUGCGGUACAAAAAGGCAGUGGGCAGAUCCAGCUGUGGCAGUUCCUGCUGGAGCUGCUGGCCGACCGUGCCAACGCAGGCUGCAUCGCGUGGGAGGGUGGCCACGGCGAGUUCAAGCUCACGGACCCAGACGAGGUAGCGCGACGCUGGGGCGAGCGCAAGAGCAAGCCCAACAUGAACUACGACAAGCUGAGCCGCGCGCUGCGCUACUACUACGACAAGAACAUCAUGAGCAAGGUGCACGGCAAGCGCUACGCCUACCGCUUCGAUUUCCAGGGCCUGGCGCAGGCCUGCCAGCCGCCCCCGACGCACGCCCAGGCCGCUGCCGCCGCCGCCGCCGCGGCCGCCGCAGCCCAGGACGGCGCGCUCUACAAGCUGCCGGCCGGCCUGGCGCCGCUGCCCUUCCCCGGCCUCUCCAAACUCAACCUCAUGGCCGCCUCUGCCGGCGUCGCGCCCACCGGCUUCUCCUACUGGCCGGGCCCGGGCCCCGCCGCCACCGCCGCCGCCACCGCCGCGCUCUACCCCAGCCCCGGCUUGCAACCCCAACCCGGGCCCUUCGGGGCCGUAGCCGCCGCCUCGCACUUGGGGGGCCAUUACCACUAGGCAGGCGGAGACCCAGUCCCGCGCUCAAU